CGUGUUCGCCGUGGGGUAUGCGGGGCGCUCUCAGUUCUCGUAUACGACUACCGACCCACCUCGCUUGUGAUUGUCCGGGAAGGACGCCUCGAGCGUAGGAGUAACUUUUAGACUGAGCAUCAGUCCACACAGAUUCAGAUCUCGUCCCGCGUCCAGUCGCAACUUUACAGUGGCGAUAAAUGGAGGAGGAUCCGCCCUUGCCUGAAAAGCUGCAAGAUGCCUCCCCGCCCUUCGACAAUCCAUCCGCAGACACCAUCGUUCGCUCCCUUGAUCGCGUGCACUUCCAUGUACACAGUGCCAUCCUGUCCGAGGCCUCAUCCGUCCUCCAAUCCAUGAGAUGCGAGUCUCAAACGCCUGGCGUUCAGGCAAACACCCCUCCAAUCAUCGAUCUCCCAGAGGAGAGCUGGGCCCUCGACCUACUCCUGCGUUUGUGCUACCCAGUCGCUGACCCUGUGCUCAACAGCCUCGAAGAGGUCGAGGCCAUCCUGGGGGCAGCAGUAAAGUACGAGAUGGACCAGGUGGUUGUCCUCGCGCGGCGGAUACUCGUGGGCUUUCUCGAGAGCGGCGCCGACCCGCUGCGGAUAUGGGCGAUUGCCAUCCGAUUUCUGUUCGAAGACGACGCCCGCGCGGCCGCUAACAAGGUGAAGAGCCUCCUCCCUGCUCAAAAGUCCCCAGAGGAGCUACGACACAUUACUGCAGGCGACUACUACAGGUUGGCGCAGUUCCAUCGCGCAAAGGGGAGCGUCGAGGACGGGUUCUUGUUCUCUAAGCAGCCGUCGCUGGACGAGCACCCGCAUCCGCAUCCUGACUCUCCGCCACCACCCGACAGAGGGCCCGACGCAUUCUUCGACCAUCCAUACACGGAUACAAUCUGCCGCUCGUCUGAUGCGAUCGAGUACCCCGUCCACAAAAUCAUGCUGUCCAUGGCAUCCCCUGUUCUCCGCGACAUGAUCACGAAAGCAACAGACGACGGCUCCCCGCCCGACACCGCCCCGCACACGCGCGCGAUCGUCCUCGAUCUCCCCGAGGACAGCCGGAUACUGGGCACGCUCCUGAAAAUGUGCUACCCCGUCGAGGAUGCGGACAUCAGCAUCGGCCACGCGACCUUCGCGGACGUGGCGCAGGCCGCGCAGAAGUACCACAUGGACCGCGUCACCGAGACGAUCGGCAGGAUCGUGGACCGGCUGGCAGACGCGGGGCCGCUGCAGGCCUACCUCGCCGUCGCGCGCUCCGGGGUGCCGAGCCUCAUGGUGCGCGCGGCCGACCGGACGAUGAGCCACGCGAGCCUGCAAGAGGAGUACACGGCCGAGCUCGAGGGCGCGCCCGCCGACCUGUACUACCGCCUCCUCAAGUACUACGACACCCGCGGCACGGCCGUCAACCGCGUCAGCGCGAAGCUCAAGCUCACGGCGUACUGGGACAAGGCGAGUGCCGCCGACGCGGAGUCGGCCGGUGCGCUGCGCCAGUCCUGCUCCUGCGGCGGGUGCAUGGCGUGGAGCGGCGAGCGCAAGGCCUGCAUGGAGUCCGUGAAGAGCUGGGCUACGUCGCGCGCGAAAGACGCGGUGGACGCGGUGGCAAAGUGCCCGGAGGCGUAUUCGGUGCCGCAGGGGGGCACGAUGCUGCUGCGGUCCGUGCAGAAGGGCUUCUGGUGCUCCAGCUGCGAGCAAAUCACGUCGCAUUUUGCGCAGGUGGAUGAUUAUGUGCAGGACGAAUACGCGGGUGCGGUUGCAGGGCUCGGCGCUGCCGCUGACACCCUACUGGCAGGAUCGAACGACAACACAGAGCGCUACAGGGUUAUCACGCGCUGGGAAAUGCGGCGGUGGUUCCGGGCGUGGCGUCGAGGAGCAUUCCCUACGCCCACGCUCAUACAGACGCCUAUCGGGAUCAUGAAUCCAUCACCGUCCGACGCGGAAACCUCUCGCCUGACGACCCCUGACGCUCCGCCACCGUUCAAUAAUCCAGCCGCUGAUACGAUCCUCCGCUCUUCUGAUGGCGUCGAUUUCUGUGUGUAUAGUGUGAUCUUGACUGAAGCGUCCCCCUUCUUCAAGGGGAUGUUCAGUUUGCCGCAGCCCUCGGGCGGCGCAGAAGCCGAGACGGGUAACAACUUCAAAGACGACGGCCGCCCCGUCGUCGACACGGCGGAGGACUCUAAGGUACUAAACAGCCUCCUCCGACUCUGCUAUCCCAUUACAGAACCAGUACUGGAAGACCUGCAUGAUGUCGAGUUGGUGCUAGAGGCGGCUAACAAAUAUGAGAUGGCGCAGGCGACCGCCAGGCUGACGAGAAUCCUGCGCACAUUUGUCGAUAGCAAUCCAUUGCGCGUGUGGGCCAUCGCGACACGCCUGCGGCUCGAAGCGGAUGCCCUGUACGCCGCAAAGAAGACGUUAGGGCUCCAGUUGCUGGACUCCUUUCCUCCAGAGAUGCGCGACGUCUCUGCCGGAGCAUAUUACCGCCUGCUGAAGUACCACCGGGAAAAGGGGAGCGCCGACCGCGUAGUCACAUUCUCCAGCCCCCCUAUAGUAGAGAAUGCGGACGGGAGCACUACAGACACGAUUGUGACGACGCGCAAUUUCUUUGACCAUUCCUUCGCCGAUGUCGUUUGUCGUUCGUCAGAUGGCGUCGACCUCCCUGUCCACAGAAUCGUGCUCUACAUGGCUUCGCCCACUCUGCUGGGACGGGUCACCGAGCCCUCAGGCAGGUCUAGCGAGGGGGCUAGUGCGCCAGCCGUCCUGCAGCUCGAGGAGCGCGGGAGCGUGCUUGCGGCGCUGAUGAAGCUCUGCUACCCCAUCGACGAGCAAGACGUGGUCUACGACAACCUGCACCUGCUAAGGGCCCUCAAGGACGCGGCCGAGAGGUACGAGAUGCGGCGCGUCGUCAAUGCCAUCCAGAAGUCGUGGGAGCGCAUCACGCGCCGCGAGCCGCUGCGCGCGUACCUCCUGGUGGCGAAGGCGAAGCUCUGGGACUACGCCCGCGAGGCGGCACGACGGUCCCUGCGCCGUGGCGGCCUGGAGGACGAGUACAUCCCGGAGAUGGAGAACGUCGCGGCGGAGGUGUACCAUCGGCUCCUCAAGUACCGCGAGGCGUGUCGCGCCGCCGUCGCCGAGCAGAACGCCGAGGUGGACAUCGAGGCGUGGUGGCACGCCGCGGUCAAGGAGGAGGUUGCACCAGCCCAGAACGACGUGUCGGACCAGGCAGGGACAGCAGCACACGCAGACCUUCCGGGCCAGGCGCAGACAUCGUGUCCGACGGACGCAUCGGUUCAGGCGGAGGAGAUACUCCAAGCAGAAGUCAAUGUCGAGAACGAGAACGAGAUGCACGUCGAGCCAGAUGUGCAAGCCGAAGCAGAGGCGCAAACCGAGGCGGGGGUGCAGGCUGAAGCUGAAGCUGGGAUGCAGGUCGAGGAACAAGAGCCGGUUCUGGUGGAGGCGCCACACCAGGAGGCGGCCCAGCAAGGAGCGGAGCCGGAGAACGCCACGUCAAGGCCAGUUGAGCCCGAGGCAGGAAGAGAGGAGGAGGACAAGUGCCGCUGCGGGAAGCACGGCGACGUGCGGCCGACGCGCCAGAAGUGCCUCAAGUGCGCGAGGCAGUGGAUCUCGGACAAGGUGCAGACGGCGCUCGAGACGGUCACGGAGGAGCCGGAGACGUGGAACGAGCUGUCCCGGGACGUCCUGGUGCAGUCGGUCGAGGCGGGGUGCUGGUGCUCGGACUGCGAGCAGAUCGCGCGGUUCUUCACGCGCAUGGACGCCUACAUGUACAAGACGCUGCGAGAGGUCGUGUCCGCGGUGAGGCUAUCCCGCUGUCUUGCAGAUUCUUCCCACGAUGCGUAUCCAAACGACGACACGCGAAGAAUGUUAAACGGCAAUGCGUGCCCGAUUGACCACGCGCGAGCGAUGGAGGAACGAAUGACGCACAACAUAGCAAUAGAUCGACAGAAGUCCGAAACAGCAAGACAUAUACUGAACGCGAAUGGAAGCCCCGUCCUGCGCACAGACAAGCGAGACUCGACGUCGCCGCUCCGGAUCGGCUCCACGACUGUCAAUGUCUCAGCUUCUCGAAGGUCCGUGACAACGUCGGCACCAACGAUCUGCCUACGACAGCCGCUUCUCUUCCCCAUCGACGCCAUCUGUGCCAGUCUUAGAGCUGUCAAGAAGGAGUAG